AUGGUUGGUCCCCGCUUACAGAGAGACAUUUUUGAAAUAAUUGCUAAAUGGAGAAAAUGGCAAUUUGUUCUAGCUGCAGACGUGGAAAAAAUGUAUAGGCAGACAAAAAUUUCUAAAGAAGACCAGGAGUACCAACAUGUUCUUUGGAGGGAACAACCAUCGCAUCCAAUUAAAGAACGUAAAUUGACAACUGUAACUUAUGGUAUAGCAUCAGCACAAUUUUUAGUGGUAAGAGCAUUGCAAGAAAUGGCACGUGAUUCAAAGCCGAAUUACAGGAUACAGGAAUUAAUUAAAAAUGAUUUCUGCAUAGACGAUUUACUGACAGGAGGCGAUUCAAUUGAGAGAAUUUACAAGAUCACCUACAAAAAUAUGGGUUUCACCUUAAAAAAUGGCUUACCAACAAUAAAAAGGUAG